AUGGCAGACAGUACGGUCUUAUAUCACAAUGGCUCGAUUUUUUCAAGAAAAGGGCGCCCAGACUCGUGGAUUUUGAUAAAAAAUGGUAGAGUUGCAUCCAGGGGAACGUCAAAAGAGGAGUUAGAGAAAUACAAGGCAUCUGUCGCGAAUUGUGUCAAUCUUGAAGGAAAACUACUCACGCCAGGCAUCGGCGAUGCGCACAUUCACGUGGGCGACGUUGGAUGGGGCAAAGAGGUCCUUGACCUUCACAGCUCACAGUCGAAGGAAGAUUUUGUCAGAUUGACAAGAGAAUACUUGAACUCAGAAAAAUGGCUUUCAAUAAAAGAUACGGUGAAAAAUUUUGAAGCGCUUGGUUGGUGGGAGGAGGCUGACGUUCCGGAUCUGAAAACAUUGGACUCUCUUGUGAGCGAUCGACCGGCGAUCUUUCACCGUAGAUGUCUUCAUGUGAUGGUUUUGAAUUCUGCUGCAAUUGCAGCGCUAGGCUUAGAUUCUGAUGAAUUUGUUCCUCCAGAAAACAUCGAAAUCGUUAGGGAUCAGAAUGGAAAAGCAACGGGGCUUUUGCGGGAAGGUUUCAAUCUUGUCUCAGAAAUACGAGUAGAAUCAGAAGAAACGCUCAAAAGACGAAUUCUUCUCGGCCUUGAAAGUUGUGUUAAAGCUGGUUUGACCCAAGUUCACGCCUGCGAAGGAAAGGAGCCAGGUCUACUUGAAGCCUGGAUUGAGCUGGCGCAAGAAAACAAGCUAAAGAUAAGAGUCUUCCUAUCAAUCUUUUACGACGCCUUUGUUGACUUGAAAACGCGGGGCAUUCUUCCGAAACAAGGAGAGACUUUCGGAGAUCGGCUCACUUUCGACAGAGUAAAGUUGUUUGCGGAUGGAGCUCUUGGUGCUACUACUGCUGCCCUUAGUAAACAUUACAAACAAGCUCCCCACUCUGGAAUCGCCCUUGAAAGCGUCGAAUCAAUGACCCGUAAGUUGAAAGAAAUCAUGAGCGAAGGAUAUCGAGCUGAAAUCCACGUGAUCGGAGAUCGCGCCGUUGAUAUAACUCUCGAUGGACUUGUCAAGUCUGGCUUCUCGACAGAUCAAAUACGCGGCUUCCGGCAUGUGCUCAACCACUCGCAAAUAAUCAGAAAGGACCAGCAUCAGAGAAUUAUCGAUCUUGGCUGCUCCUGCUCAAUCCAGCCGCAAUUUGUCACUUCCGAUGCACCGUGGGUGUACGACUCUGUGCCUGACGAAUUGCAUGAUGCGUUGUACACCUGGAAGACUUUCCUUAAUCUCGAAAUUCCUGUUCACGGUGGCUCAGAUUCGCCCGUGGAAGAAAUUCUCCCUCUUGAAGCAAUCGAUGCUGCUAUCAAACGAUGCAAUGGAAAGGGCGGUAUAUUUAUGCCGGAAGAAUGCCUCACUCUUCAAGAAUCCCUGUCGAUUUUCACGCAUGGUGUUGCGCAAGGAAUACGACUUGAAAACAAGAUUGGCUCGCUUUUUCCAGAUCAGCUCGCCGAUUACAACAUAAUCGAUGGUAGUCUUGAUGAUACCUCUGUUGGUAACUGGAAGAUUCUCGAGUCGUACGUCGAUGGAAAACUUGUUUUCAAGGCUUGA